AUGACUGACGCUAAUAUGGACGACGCGUUAUAUGCCACUCAAUUUGAACCUCGUGAUCUGAGCCAAUUACAUCACCAUAUCACGAUCCGGGAUUUUGGUGAAAAGCUACAGAAAGCUGCCAAUGCAGCCUACCCGAACGAUCAACAAGCUAAAUAUACCCGAAUCUAUGUUCUUCUUCUAUUAUGGGAUGGCGAAGACCCUGCUUUGCAUGUUUUGAUUGAAGUCCACGAACUAGGCAUAGUUCUCGCUUCGAUUUACAAUCACAAGAAGCUGAAUCAGAAGAUCUUGGACUUUAUUGAACUAGGCGAUGACAAUAAAGAGGACCUGAAAUUUGUUUAUCAUGGUGAGCACGGCAUGCUAGCUCAAAAUUGGCAGCCAUGUUGUACCAGUCCUUCGCAAUCACUGGGCUCAGCGGGUCCAAUUUCGCCUUUAAAAAAGCAAAGGACUGAUUCCAGCCAAGAAUCUGAUCCGUCGUCUGAGUCAAUCCCCCUGUCUGUUGAGCAACAACUUCCCAAGAUUAUAUUGAGUGUAACGUUGAAAGAGGAUUUGGCCCCAGACUUGUCUGCCGAUUUGUUUGCCGACUGGCUCCGCAUGAUGCUUAUUAUCGCUGAAUCUGUCACCGUCGAAGCUGGAUUCGGUAGCUUCUCGACUUUAAUGUUUGUUUCAAUGCCAGUGUCAAUUUGGGUAUACUUAGGUAGAGAUGCCGCUAUCAGUCUUGUGGGUACUAAGAAGGGAAUAUUGAAUAUAAAGGACCCUUCGUAUAGUGAUAACGAGCGUAAUGAGCCGGUUAAUACUAAGCGUGGACUUAGUGAAGCCAUUAAUGUAUGUAAUAAUCGUAUGCAAUCUAUGGAGCUACAGAUUCGAGGCCUCCGGAACGAUCUUUCGGAAAGUAAUCGCAAGAAGCGUAAACUGCGCCGAGAACGCGAUUACUCUCUACGAAUUAUUGAGUAUUAUGGGAGAAUGAAUUUAAAGGGAAAGUGCAAAUCUAAAGAAGGAGGUGCGGAUGAUAAAGGGUUACGAUUGAAUAGAUCUGAUAUUGGAAUCAGAUCUUAG